AUGCUUCUGAUUCUCCACUGUGCCAUGGACUUGGCUGGUGAGAACCAAUCCAAGAGAAGAAAAUGCAAGCUAGAAGAAGAUCAACCCAAAAAUUGGAUUCAUAGCCUGCCUCAUGAAAUCGCCAUAGACAUACUUUCUAGGCUACCUGUAACAUCUCUCAUUAAAUUCAGGUUUGUAUCCCGAGCCUCGCAGAUCUUGACAAACGAUCCACCUCUGGUUAAGUUGCACCUCUCCAGGACAGCGAAGGACAAUCCUUGCUUUAUAUUUCACAGUGACUAUCCGAUUCGAAACAAAAUCUAUUUUGUUGAGCUUUCAGAUCAUGAUGAUCAGAAAGAGAUUGUGAGGGAAAUCCAGACUCCUUUCUCUGCUUCUAUGCCAGAAUCUAUUGUGGUAGGCUCAUGUAAUGGCUUAUUAUGUUUAUCCGAUGAUUUGUUAUUCAAUGGUUCACUCUAUGUGUACAAUCCUUUUACUAGGAAACACAAAGAGCUGCCCAAAUCCAUUAAGUUUGAACAACAAGAGGUGGUGUUUGGAUUUGGAUUUCACCCAGUUACCAAAGAGUACAAGGUGGUCAAAAUAAUCUACUAUGGCACUGCAUAUAAUGCUGAUAAUAGACCUUGGCGUUAUAGCAGAGUCAGAAACCGUGACUUUCUAAACUCAGAGGUUCAAAUACUUAGUCUGAGUAGUAACACUUGGAGAAGCAUCGGAGAAGUACCUUUUCAGCUAGAAAGAAGGUCAUCAGAAGCAUUAGUGAAUGGAAGGCUUCAUUGGUUGACCCAAUGGGGGAAGUAUCACGGGGUUCUUGGCCGAGUCAUAGUCUCUUUUGACCUAGCAGAUGAGCAAUUCCGAGAGGUACCAAGAGCUGGCAGUGGUUUCCUAACUACGUGUUACUUUUAUUUGGGGGUUCUGGGAGGGUGUCUCUCUGCACUUGUUCCUUUGAGUUUUAGGAGAUUGGAGAUUUGGGUACUGAAAGAAUAUGAUAUGAAAGAGUCUUGGAUCAAAGAGUACAACUUCGAUUCUUACAUGCCAAGGGUUGUACAUCAAGAUUUGCAUAGACAACACGGGAUUUGGAAGGACGUUAUCAAUAGAAAAAUUGUUCGAAUCCUGUGUGUUAUGAAGAAUGGAAAGAUCUUGCUAGAGUAUACAGCUGGAAAUCUAAUUUCUUAUGAUCCCGAGAGCAAAACAUUUGAGAAUUUGACGUUUCAGGGGAUGCCUGGUAAUUUUUUUCAAACAGUAGUUCAUUUUGGCAGUCUUAAUUGGAUUGAUAUCCCUCCUGAAUCAUAG